AUGGUUAUCCGAUCAAAUAAUAGUGAUGACGAUAAAAGAGCAGCAACAGCAACAGCAACAACAACAACGACGGAAUCAUCAAAGGUCUAUUCUUUGACCAAUGGUCGAUGCGUACUGUGCAUGGCAUUUCUGGGAUUUCUGGCCAUUGGAGGUUUGAUGUCGUCCACACGAGAUUUGAAGCAAUGGGCGAGUUCUUAUUAUACUAUUGAUCCGCCUUUACCAACAAAUGUCACGACGAAACGAGACAUGAAAGUCCCCCCUCGCAAACCAAUGUCCAAAUUGCACCAGGCUCGUGCUCCACCCAAGCCAUUGCAAAAUGACAAGUCCUCCAGGAGUGCCAGCAAUCAAUUGCACUUGAUUCAUCACAAGGAACUUGCAUUGCACGAUUACUUUUCGGAUUCUUGGUUAUUGCCAAGGAAAAACUUUUUGGAUAUGCAAUUGGACAGAAUUGGAAUUGUGGAAGAUGCCUGCUUUGAAGCCAUUGGCAAACGAAAUCCUCGUGCGUCUUCCAAAAUGUUUGUCGAUUGGACUCACUUCCUGGUGGAACACUUGUCCAAAUGGUGGAAGGUCCUUCAUAUAUUGGACGAUCCGGAUGGUUCCUUGUUUCAGCACACUCUGCAGAGAUUGGAGUCUUAUUGGCACCGCGCUGUUACGGAUGCAGCAACAUCCAAGAGGAGUCCGCUGCACGAGACCAUUGCCAUGAUCGCCUUUGCACCGUAUCAUGGCAAGGCACCAGGACGAGCCGAAUAUCUAACGUCCUUAUCGCUCGCGGCUACCAUUUCGUCCAUUUACAAGGUGGGAUUUGGACGAGUGGUAGUGACGGGCAUGGAGGAUGACGACGAAGACUAUGUUCGUCAAGCCUUUCAAUUGUUGCACAACAAGGUCCAUCGCCACACGGCUGCCUUGAAUUCCACUGCAGCAAACAUUGGAAUGACGGAAUUGACCUAUGUCCAAAUGACGAAUCGAUCCUGGACCACUACCAAAUGGGUCGAAUUGAAUAUUCCUCGGGGAUCGGUACACGGUAUGCAAUUGGCCUUGUCGGGACAAAUGGUGGCAGAAGAACAAGAACAAUGGCUCGGAUCGAGUGGAACUGAUUGGAAAUAUGUCGAUCUGACGGAGCCCGACACUUUGCUUCAUACCAAGUCAUGGCUAUUGCCAAUGAUGAAGGAUGGAUUGGACAGCGGCAUGUCCUUUUUCCCCCAUCGACUCCAGCCAUUGCCACACGAAUUGGACUUUCCCAUAAUGGCGAAUACUAGCGCCACCGCUACCACCAAAAAACAACAUUAUGCAUCUUUUGUCAAUGAGGGGCACUACUUACCAGGACAUGUGCAGCCCUUUUCCAAUGUAACGAUACUAGACGAGGACUACUCUUGUUGCGAUGGAGGAGGCGCCUGGGUGGGUCGAAUGGAACCCUUUUGUCGCGGUGCCAAAGAACCAUGUGGGGGAUCCAUGUGGUGGUCCACUAGCUUGAACAAACCACCCAAGGACACGACUGACGAAGGGAUAUUGGAGCAUUAUCAAAAGCUAGUUCCCUAUCCCAUGAUGCGUCUGGGCUAUGGUACUCGACUAGUAUUUGCGUCGACCAACCAUGGCCGACGUUGCUUUCCAUCCAAGACUCCUUGUGGCAACGUGACUUAUUAUUGA